AAUGGAGGCGGUUCGUCGAUUGGCGACUCCGUCUUCAGCCUCGAACAACUGUUCGAAGAAGUUCGGGUCGAUCACGACUUGAGCGCUGAAAUAGCGCUCCUGGAGGAAGGUCUGAAGGAUGAAAUUCCUCCAGAUUAACCUCCAGCAUGCGAAGGCGGCUUCCGCCAAUCUUUUGCUCCGUCUGGGACAAGACGGAGCUGAUGUCGUCCUGAUCCAGGAACCGUGGCUGACUGGUUACGGGAUCUCUGGAUUGAGGACAAAGAGCCAUAGGCUCCUGACGGCCAAGGAUGCAGGUAGGAACAGAGCCUGUAUGCUGGUAAGGAAUGAAUUAACGGUAUUUCUUUUACCUAAUUUCAGCAACGCUGACAUAGUGACAGCGAAAUUGGAGUGCGACACCGGAGAUCUCUGGCUUAUCUCCGCAUACAUGCCACACGAUGAUGUGGUGGAGCCACCUCCCUUACUGCUGAGGAGGACCUUAGCCGAGGCAUCUAAAACUGGCACCGACGUCAUCAUCGGUUCCGACGCUAACUCGCGGCAUCAGAUCUGGGGAAGCUCGGAUACUAACAGUAGAGGUGAGUCGCUUUUUGAUUUCAUUAUUGGCGAAAAUCUUCGCAUCUGUAAUAGAGGUAACUCUCCUACUUUUGUGACCGCAGGCAGGGAGGAGGUUCUCGACCUCACCCUAACCUCACAAGCGAUUGCCCCGCUGAUAUCGGACUGGAGGGUCCUCGACGAUCACUCCUUUUCGGAUCACAGGUAUAUCGAGUUUAGUCUAGCCGGAGAAGGUCCGCUUAGGAAAUCUUUUAGGAACCCUCGGAACACGGACUGGGAGGGUUACCGCAGGAGGCUUCGGCAAACUCUCCCACGCGCACCGGCGGUGGACUCGUUGGCCACUACCGAUGUGGUGGAGGAGUGGGUUGAAGUCUUCAGCUCGGCGUGCAAGGAUGCACUGGAGAGGUCUUGUCCACUAAGAUCGCCGAAGGGCAAAGAGAAACCUCCAUGGUGGACUAAGGAGCUCUCAGACAUCAGGGCGUCUUGUAGGCGGCUUUUCAACAGGGCCCGCAGAAGUGGGUUAUCUGAGGACUGGGCUUUGUAUAAAGCAGGACUUUCAAUAUAUAAGUCCGAGUUAAGGAAGGCCAAGAGGACCUCGUGGAAGUGCUUCUGUGAAAAAGUGGAAGGCUGCCACGAGUCCUCGAGAUUCAGGCGUAUUCUCGCAAAAACCCCAGUGUCCCUGGGGUAUCUCAAGGACGCAAAUGGGAAGUGGGCCCUCAGUAGCGAAGAAACACUUCAAAUGCUUCUCGACGCUCACUUCCCGAGCAACAUGUCCUCUGUGAGGGAAUCUCUCGGGGUGCCGCAUGACGAUUGCGCGGCCUUUGUCGGCAUCCUGGAUGAGCGACACUUGACGUGGGCGAUUAACUCGUUCAAACCAUUCAAGUCCCCGGGACCAGAAGGCAUCAUACCAGCGCAGCUGCAACAGGCUGUUAAGGUG